AUGGGAGAGAGAAUUGAAAUGAGGUUGAAGGAGACAAAGGACUCACAAUGCAGACAUUUGUUUGGGCAAACAAAAAUUUACUACAUGCGGGGCCGCGUGGAUAAUUUCGACAUUGAAGUUGUUUCUAUUCAGGUAAUCAAAGAUGACAACAUCACAUUCGAUAAACGAGGGCGGAGGAAUGGGCAAGUGGGAGAUGAUGGUGCGGCGGGUGGUUCCCACUACUCUUGUCUUCUUCCUCGCCAACCCUCCACCACUCUUUCUCCGUUAGAGUUUCAUUCCAUUGGUCAGGGAGUCAUAACACGUGUUAGGAUCAGAUCUGAGAACGUGGGAGGUAGCAGAUCACCUCUUCCACACAAGCCCGACCAAGGGUACGAGGUUGUUUGGAUUACAUUGGAUAAAACCCUAGCCACACACAGAGUUAUACGCAAAUCGGAUCUGGACAAGGGCUCUAGAUUUGUGGCUACAAACGUUCAGAGGCAAGCACACGCCCUAAUUGGUUCGUAG